AUGAAAGAUGAAGACUCGAGACGACUGCUAAAUGCGAAGCUGACCAGCAAUGGGAGCAGGCAAGCUGCCUACGUGGAACUUCUCUAUCCAACAAUUUACAAAUUUUCGUGCCUGCUCAACCUACGCUUCUUCCCGUUUGAUGUCCAGAUAUGUAAAAUGAUAUUUUCAAGUUGGACGUUUGAUCAGAAAGGAAUCGACUAUUUCGCGUACUCAGAUACGGUCGGUACAACCAAUUAUAUUGAAAACGAGGGCUGGCAUAUUCUCAGGACUUCAGUGGAAAGGAAGGAGAUGAAGUACGAGUGCUGCCCGAACAAGUACACUUUAUUAUGGAUUACGCUCUAUCUGCGACGCAAACCGUUAUUUUAUAUAAUAAAUCUGAUCAUCCCAACCAGCAUUAUCACACUGAUUGCUAUUGUCGGUUUUUUUACGACAUCAACCGCAAGUGGGAUGCGAGAAGAGAAGGUUUCGCUCGGCAUCACGACGCUGCUGUCGAUGUCCAUUCUCAUGCUGAUGGUCUCCGAUCAGAUGCCAACAACUUCCUCGUUUAUCCCGCUGAUUGGCUAG